AACGAUACGGCGUCAUUAUACGAAUUUUCUCUGUGUGGAAAGGACGUACGAAAUCUCGUAACUCAAAAAACGACAAUGUCUGCUGCUGACGUUGCUGCACCAAAGGCAAAGAAGGCUGCCAAACCCAAAAAGCCUGCAACUCAUCCAAAAUACUCCGACAUGAUCAAGGCAGCUCUUACAGCUCUGAAAGAGAAGGGAGGAUCUUCAAGACAGGCCAUUCUGAAAUACAUUGUCGCCAACAACAAAGUUGAUGCCGAGGCUGCUAGUCGCCAUUUGAGAAUGGCCCUCAGAGCUGGCGUAAAGAACGGAACCCUGAAGCAAUCCAAGGGAACUGGAGCCUCUGGAUCCUUCAAACUUGGAGAAAAAGCCGCCAAGGCACCCAAAGCAAAGAAAGCAGCGAAGCCCAAGAAAGCUGCCGUUAAGAAACCUAAGAAGGCUGUUGCAAAGAAGCCCGCAGGAGAAAAGAAAGCUGCGAAACCCAAAGUGAAGAAGGCAAAGUCACCUAAGAAACCUAAAGCUGCUGCUGAGAAGAAACCAAAGAAGGCCGCCAAAUCUCCAGCAAAGAAGAAGGCACCUGCUAAACCUAAGGCCAAGAAAGCAGCAAAGCCCAAGAAGGCCGCAGCUAAGAAGUGAACAGUGCAAAGUGACUUGUAAACUAUUUAUUUUGUACAUAUGUACAGGGACUAACCAUCUAUAGACGGUAGUUGGUGUGUCACAAUUUCAUAUUCAUUGGACUUCAGAUGGCAGCAUAUCAUGUUCAUAAUGUUUGAAGAUGUGUGAAAGUGUUAUGUAAGCGGUGAAUGGAAGUGGUCAUUUCAUCAUUAUUCAUGUUCAUUGAUUUCAUUUUACAUCUGUUAACAGAGAGUGUUCUUUUUCCACUCUAUGAGUGUGUAUUUUCAUCAUUUUGUAUGUGAAAAAAAAGAAAAAAUCUUGAAUAAAAAUAAGAAAAGAA